GGGCGCCGAGCCGGGCCCGGGCGGGCGGGAGGCGGGUGCGAGGCGGCUCCUCCUCGUCGCGAACUCGCGGUGACCUUGGCCAAGUCCCUUCAUCCCCUCGAGCCGGCGCCUUCGUCUGUAAAGUGCGAAUUACGAGCCAUGCCAACUAGAGGGGCCGUUUUGAGGUUCCGUGGCGAGACCCCCAGGGGUCCCUGGAGUACCGGGCGGUUUGCCCGGGCGAUCCCGCCCCAGGGUGACUAGCAUGCAGUUACCCAUUCUCUGACCUGCUGCCCCUCUGCUGACAUGGCACACCGGGGUGGGGAGAGGGACUUCCAGACUUCAGCGCGGCGCAUGGGCACCUCGUUGCUGUUCCAGCUGUCAGUGCACGAACGGGAGCUGGACCUGGUUUUUCUGGAUCAUAGCUAUGCCAAGCCAUGGAGUGCCCACCCAGAUGCCAGUAGUGCCCGCCCCACCCGUAUGCUCUUUGUCACUCCCCGGAGGCAGCACGAAAGUACCAUUGAAUCAGAUGUCCCAAUAGACGUGGAGACAGUCACGGCAACCCCUGUGCCGCUGUACGACAAUCAGAAGGCACGCAGCGUGAUGAACGAGUGUGAACGGCAUGUCAUCUUCGCCAGGACUGAUGCGGAUGCCCCUCCCCCACCAGAGGACUGGGAGGAGCAUGUCAACAGGACUGGCUGGACAAUGGCCCAGAACAAGCUAUUCAACAAGAUCCUCAAAGCCCUGCAGUCUGACCGGCUUGCUCGCUUGGCCAACGAAGGGGCUUGCAAUGAGCCAGUGCUGCGCCGUGUUGCUGUGGACAAGUGUGCAAGGAGAGUGCGGCAGGCUCUGGCAAGUGUGAGCUGGGACACCAAACUGAUCCAGUGGCUGCAUACCACCCUGGUGGAGACUUUGAGUCUACCCAUGCUGGCAGCCUACCUGGAUGCUUUGCAGACGCUGAAAGGGAAGAUCCCUAGCUUGAUUGACCGGAUGCUCGUGUCAUCCAACACGAAGACUGGGGCUGCAGGAGCUGAGGCCCUGUCCCUCCUGCUGAAGAGGCCCUGGGACCCCGCUGUGGGGGUGCUUUCUCACAACAAACCAAGCAAACUCCCUGGCUCUCCUCUCAUUCUCAUUGCCCCCUCCGGGCCCUCCAGUUCCGUGUUCCCCACCUCACGCCGCCACCGUUUCUGGCAGUCUCAGCUGUCCUGCUUGGGCAAGGUCAUCCCUGUAGCCACGCAUCUGCCGAACAAUGGUUGUGGGGUAGGAGUUCUGCAGUGUCUUGAGCAUAUGAUCGGGGCAGUGAGAAGCAAAGUGCUCGAGAUUCACAGCCAUUUCCCCCACAAGCCCGUUACCUUGAUUGGCUGGAACACAGGAGCUUUGGUGGCCUGUCACGUGUCAGUGAUGGAGUACGUCACUGCGGUUGUCUGCCUUGGGUUUCCCCUGCUUACCGUGGAUGGCCCCAGAGGGGAUGUGGAUGAUCCCCUCUUGGAUAUGAAGACUCCAGUCCUCUUUGUCAUUGGUCAGAAUUCCCUGCAGUGUCACCCUGAAGCCAUGGAGGACUUCCGGGAGAAGAUUCGGGCUGAGAACAGCUUGGUAGUGGUUGGGGGAGCUGACGAUAACCUAAGAAUAAGCAAAGCAAAGAAGAAAUCAGAAGGGUUGACUCAGAGCAUGGUGGACAGAUGUAUUCAGGAUGAGAUUGUGGACUUUCUGACUGGAGUGCUCACUCGCGCUGAGGGGCAUGUGGGCUCUGAGCCUCGGGAUCAGGAUGCUGAGAAGAAGAAGAAGCCCCGGGAUGUGGCCCGCAGAGACCUGGCCUUUGAGGUCCCUGAGCGGGGCAGUCGACCUGCCUCGCCAGCUGCCAAGCUGCCUGCCUCACCCUCAGGCUCGGAGGAUCUCUCCAGUGUGUCCAGCAGCCCCACCUCCAGUCCUAAGACCAAAGUGACCACAGUGACCUCUGCCCAGAAGCCCAGUCAGAUCGGGAGCUCUCAGCUGCUGAAGAGACAUGUGCAGCGGACAGAAGCUGUGCUGACCCACAAACAAGCGCAAGCACAGUUUGCUGCUUUUCUGAAACAAAAUAUGCUGGUGAGGAAAGCUCUUCCUCCCGGUACCUCCUCCUGUCUCUUUGUUCCCAUUUCAUCAGAACAAACGGAGGAAGCAGAGAAAGAGGAUCUUAGGGCCCAGCUGAAGCGGCACCAUCCCUCCAGUCCUCUUCCUGGCAGUAAGACCUCUAAGCGACCGAAGAUCAAGGUGUCCCUUGUCUCCCAAGGGGACACAGCUGGAGGGCCUUGUACUCCUUCCCAAGGAGGAGCUCCAGAAGCCACGGGAGGGAAGCCAGUCACCAUGACACUGGGGCAAGCUUCAGCAGGGGCCAAGGAGCUCCCAGGGCUGCUCUCCACAACUAAGUCAAAUGCUUCUGAAGGAGGACUGUCAGCCAGCCCAGCCUCCUCAGUGGGCUCCAGCAGCACCACGCCCAGUGCCCUGCACACACUCCAGAGCCGCCUGGUGGCCACCUCUCCUGGCAGCUCCCUCCCAGGGGCCACGCCAGCCAGCAGCCUCCUCCAAGGUCUCAGCUUCAGCUUGCAGGAUAUCAGCAGCAAGACCUCUGGCCUCCCAGCAAAUUCCUCCCCAGGGCCAGCCCCACAGGCCACCAGUGUGAAGUUGCCCACCCCCAUGCAGAGCCUGAGUGCCAUCACCACGGGCACCAGCACCAUUGUCCGUACCAUUCCUGUGGCCACCACUCUCUCCUCCUUGGGUGCCACUCCUGGUGGGAAGCCCACAGCCAUCCACCAGCUGCUGACCAAUGGGGGCCUCGCUAAGUUGGCAAGCAGCCUCCCUGGCCUGGCUCAGAUCUCUAACCAAGCAUCAGGCUUGAAGGUCCCCACCACCAUUACUUUGACACUACGUGGCCAGCCGAGCCGAAUCACCACGCUGAGCCCCGUGGGCUCAGGAGCAGCCCUGUCAGAGGAGCCCACCUCCCAGGCACUGCCCUCCAGCUCACAGCGCCUGCCUCCAGCGCCCUGAAAAUGCUGUGAUACGUCCUUUACCAGGUUCAUGAUGGCUGCUGCACAGUGAGCCCUGGGCACGUGCUGUCCUGCUGAGCUGUCCACUUGUCUGAAGACCUCUUUAAGACAGUCGUUUUUGCCUCCCCACCAGCUGUCUUCAGGGUUGGGCCUCUGGGUCUUGUGAAACCAUUAGGCUAGGUGGUAUGGUGCCAGCAAGGGGAGCAUUGUCUUCCAGCAUCUACAGAAUCCCCGGCUCCUCAGCAGAUCUGGCUGUGCAUGGAUCAGAGGCACUUCUUCCCCAGCACUAGCCAAGGAGCAUUGUUGGACCGCUCACUGCAUUUAAUAAAGGAGUUCCUCCUGGACGUCUGUGCUGCCCCUGUGCCAAGUUGGGAGGAGACGUCCGUGUGGUGUGGGGCUGUGGGAGUGAGAAUUGAGAGCCCUUUGCUGAGGACUGGGAUCAUCUUGGCCCACCAGCCGGUCAUUCAGUGCCAGAGGGCGUUUUGGACAUCGCUGUUGGCCUCACUGAGCAGCCGUGGGAGAGUGCUCCCCAUGCAGCUCCCUCUUAGGAACGAUGUUAGAUACAACUAGCCUGCUGAGACCUGGGAACUCCUGAUUUCAAACCCACGAUAGGGCAAAGAGAACUGGGCUGUCAUCUUUCAGUCCUUUUGGCCACU